AUGCCUGCAGGCCAUGUCGAGAAAACCAAUGACCGUGAUUAUGAGGUUGAGGAAAGACGAUAUCGCACAAUGGAGGCAGCCUCAAUGAGGCUACAAAAGGAGGCAAAGGGUUACUUAGACUCUUUGCGAGCCAUGACUGCCUCCCAAAUGAGAAUCGCUGAGACAAUCGACGCUUUUUACGGUGAUGCUGGUGCAAAGGACGGCGUUAGCAGAAGUUAUAAGCAAGCCGUGGAGGAUCUUGACGCGGAAACAAUCAAAGCUCUCGAUGGUCCAUAUCGGACUACCGUUCUAGAACCCAUCUCUCGAUUUUGCGCCUACUUCCCUGAUAUCAACGAAUGUAUCAAAAAACGCAACCACAAACUCCUCGACUACGAUGCGAUGCGGGCAAAGGUCAAGAAGCUUGUUGAAAAGCCCGACAAGGACGUUACAAAACUUCCGCGUGCGGAAAAGGAGACAGAGAUGGCUAAGGCGGCAUAUGAACAGCUUAAUGAACAGCUCUUUACCGAACUUCCUCAGCUGAUCGACCUUCGAGUACCCUAUCUCGAUCCUAGCUUUGAAGCACUUGUCAAGAUCCAGCUUCGCUUCUGCGCAGAAGCCUAUUCCCGCAUGGCCCAAGUACAACAAUACCUGGAUGCGGACACAAGAGAGCAGUAUGCGCAAGGGCAGCUGGAUAGUAGGGUGGAGGAAGUUUUGCAGGAGAUUCGGGAACUGAGCAUUAGCGGAACAGUUUAG